CCUGUCUUUAUUCGGGCAUGGAGUGGGAGUUUCCUUUAUACCAACACGUGGAAGAUUCAUAGAAGCAGUUUUAGGAACAACUGUACUUUCAGGGUGACACUUUUUAAGAGAACGAAAUUCAAAUUCAAAUAAAAAGUUAUUUUGAGUUAUUUAUUUAUUCUUAAUCCAUAGACUGAAGUAUCAUGUAAAAGCCCAUAAAGUAUAUAUAUGUUUUUAAACUUACAGAAGGGAUAAUAACCAAAUUAAUGCUAGCUUCCCUAUCUGCUGGUGUAAUCCCAUUACACAGUACAAUUGCUUUUAAUAAGGCAGUGCGUGCUUGUUUUGUUUUUUUAAGCCUAAUAUGAUAUACCUGUUUGACAAGUUCGAUAGAAAAGAAAAUCUGAAAAUAGAGAGCGCACAUAGGAGCGUCAGAGCAGAUGCUUGUUGCUUCAUAUUGACGAGCAGCUCUCUGAAAGGACAAGGAACAAUGCUUCGCUGGGUCUUGCUUGCUUUGCUCAUUGGCCUCUGUGCCAGUGCCGGGGACCAGAAAGCUAAAAAGAAAGUGAAGAGUCAGUCCUUGUCAAGAGGAUGGGGAGGUGGUAUUAACUGGGCCCAAAAUUAUGAAGACGGCCUAGCAAAAAUGGCCAAGAGUCAGAAACCUCUCAUGGUCAUUCAUCAUAAAGACAACUGCCCACACAGUAAAGACCUGAAGAAGGCAUUUGUUGCGGAUAAGACUAUCCAGAAAAUGGCAAAAGAGGAUUUCAUCAUGCUCAACGUGGUGGAAGAGACUUCGGACAAGAAUCUGGCACCUGACGGUUACUAUGUUCCCAGAAUCCUCUUUGUUGAUCCAACCUUGACUGUGCGCACAGACAUUACUGGAAAGUACAGCAACCACCUCUACACCUACACAGCGAGUGACAUCCAAGGCCUGGCCGACAACAUGAAGAAAGCCAAAGUCCCGCUGCACAGCGAACUCUAACGUGGUGCCGGACGUCUCAGCAUCUUCCACACAUGACUGCUCAGUGGUCAGAACUGAAUAAUUUAAAUGCUUUUGGUGCUCAAUAAAACCAAAAUAAAGGAAAAGAAAGUCA